UUUUUUUUCCUUUUCAAAAUUUUCCCUCAUCUUUACCCCCUCCUUCAACGAUAGUUCUUUUCACCCAGCCGUCAUCCUUUUUUCUUCUUUUUCUUUUUCUUUUUCUUUUCCUUCUUCCUUCUUCCUUCUUCUUUUUUUUUUCUUCUUUCAAGAAUUCACUACUUUUAGUUGGGAUCCAAGUUUGUUGUUGUUGAUAUCUUAUCAAUACCAUCCUGCUCAGCAACAGUGGAGUUUACUGCUUCUACUUAUCUGCGCUUCUUCUCUUGGGUCUCGCUCGCAGAUCCACCACCACAACCAAAAUCGAUUUCCUAGCUUCCGAUUCUCUUUUUAAUGGAUCCCACUUUUUGCCCCACUGUCGUGAUCAACAACGGCACUGGAUCUGUCCUCAUUUCUUCUGCUUUCAUAACAAAUCCUCAACAUUGUCUUCAUCGGAGGCCGAUGAUGAAAAAAUUGGGUAAUAACUUCGUCAACUCCGAAACAAUCGACGAUGAUGAAACCAUUUUUUUCAAAAUCGGUUUCGCAAUCAAAAUAGAAGAUUUCAGGCCGUCUCAUUCUUCUUCAAUGAAGCUGGUGGGACAGAAAGUUGAUUCAGGGGGUCUUUAUAGACUGCUUCAAUGUGCAAGUAAAGGGGAUAAAGCUGGCGUAAUACAAGAACUAGAUAAAGGUGUGGAGCCUAAUGGAGCUGAUUAUGAUAGGAGAACUGCCUUUCAUUUAGCUGCUUGUGAAGGUUGGAUUGAAGUUGUUGAUUUGCUUCUUGAGAAAGGUGCUGAUGUGAAUUCUUUAGAUCAUUGGGGCCGAACUCCAUUGUCCGACGCACAUAGCUUUCGACACAAUGAGGUUUGCAAGAUACUUAAAGCUCGAGGGGGAAUCGAUCCGGUAGGAAUGGACUCUCAAGCUCCGUGCUUUGAAAUCGAUCAUAGUGAGGUUGACAUGGAGGAAGCAACCCGUAUCGGAGAGAUCUUGGCUCAUCAUUUUGGGGGAUGGCUUUGAUUCUUGCAUCCACAAAUCUCCUCACUGCAAGAAUAGCUGCUGGUUGUUUUCUUCUUGCUCUCGUUGUCGUGCUCUUUUAUGCUAAAAAUGUAAGAUAUCAAGGAUGAUGGUAUUUCCUGAUAAAAUUUUGCAUUAAUAUUUAGAUACUUUCUUUCUUUCCUUUUUUAUUUUGUAUUCUUCAAAGAGUACUUUCAAAUUUUUAACUUGUAAUGUGUAUGAUUAUUCAAACAGUGGACACUUCGAGGACUGUCCAUCGGUUUUAUUAUUUUCCUUGCUCUAAUUUGGUUUUUGUAAGAAAGGACAACAGUUCAUAUUCUCCGUUACGCCAUUCUAUUUAUCGAUAUAGGCUCUCUUGUCGUAUUUUCUUUAUCGUUCCCAAAGAACAAUUUCAUCCUACCAUCUCUUCCGUGAAAAGAAAUGUUGCUUAUUUCUUAUUUUGGAAAUUGCAGGUGUCAUGAACAGUCUGUUUUCAGUCUAUGAUAUCUAUGAUGAUCUAAUAUCUCGAGGAGUCAACUCCAGUGAUGCCGAGAAGUUUGCAGAAAUUUGUCCUUGCCCCUGCAAUGGAGUUGGAUGGGGGUUUAUAUG